AAUUUAAUACUCUAAAGACAACAUGUUCGCCCCUUACGCCGCAGCCCAUCUAUCCCCCACGGGCCCGGGAGACGCUCGCCCCACCGCUCUCCAAAUUAUCAAAGAUCAAGAAGCCGAAGGAAAGCUUGUUGGACGGGUCGCGCUCAUCACCGGUUGCUCCUCCGGCAUCGGGGUCGAAACGGCUCGCGCAAUCUACGCGACAGGUGCCACGGUCUACGUCACCGCACGUAACCUCGAAAAGGCCAAGAAGGCGCUUGGCGAUCUUCUUGACACAGGUCGUGUUCAUAUUUUGGACCUGGAUCUUGAUUCCUUCGACAGCGUGCGAAGAUGUGCCGCCGAAUUCCUGUCCAAGGAAGAGAAACUUCACCUCUUGAUCCUCAACGCCGGGGUGAUGACGCCUCCAGAAGGGAGAACCAAAGACGGAUUCGAACUUCAGAUCGGUUCCAAUCACCUCAGCCAUUUUCUCCUAUUCAAUCUCCUCAAGCCUGCCCUACUAGCUGGGAGCGAAUAUCAGUUGGCUAGCCGCGUGGUGAUCCUUUCGUCGGUUGGUCACCGCUUUGGCGAACCCAAUCUCGACGAUCUCAAUUUUGAGGGCAAAUAUGAUGCGCAUCUCGCAUACGCCGCCAGCAAGACCGCAAACCUGUGGACUGCCAACGAAAUCGAGAGGAAGUACGGCUCCGAGGGCAUACAUGCUUGGGCCGUACACCCGGGCGGCAUAUUCACUGAUCUCGUACGCCACGUCUCCGAGGAACAAAUGGCAGCCAUGUCUUCAGAGACCAGCUUGGUCAGCACGUUCAAGAGUCCUGAACAGGGCGCUGCCACCACUGUUUUGGCCGCUGUAGCUCGAGACCUGGAGGGCCGAGGUGGAAAGUACUUGGAAAACUGUCAGUUCUCCGAGCCUCACGAUCCGAGCACUGGAAUGUGGGGUCCAGGCUAUGCUCCUCACGCGUACAGUCCAGACAAGGAGCGCGACCUCUGGAACAAGUCUCUUGGGCUUGUAGGGCUUUGAAGAGACUGUCGCAACGCCUCAUGCGGCCUGGCUGAGGAUAUUCCCGAACGGCACCACUUACUACAGAUCGACUGCUUAUCUUGUAUAUAGUACUUAUAGGCGCGACUCCUUAAGGGUCUUCUCGCAGAAAAUACAAGUAACUUUACAUAGUUUGCGUCUUCUACUUAAUCCCUCGCUCUACAAUGAAUGCUUUCAUAAUAUACAUGGAGUUCUGCUAGGGGGCUGUGUGGUUUGCCUAUUG